AUGAAGAUCUGUGUCUUUCAAUCAUGCUUCGAAGAACUCCAAGCUUCGGUCGGCGAGUCUCAAAAGCUAUGCAUGAACCCCGGCCAACACAUCACCCAGCACACAAUAUCCCACAACACCAUCCACAAGACCACAGCGCAAGCCCAAAUAGAUGCCGCAGUCCGCGAAGGCCAUGACUUCUAUUUAAAUUUCAUGUGGGGAACACACGACGACUCACUAGCUGGCAUCAAGGCAAUUCAAUACUUUGAGUCGCUCAACCUGCCUAGCGCUGGUAUCCAAAGCUCCGAGCGCGAACAGUCCAAAUGGGACUUCUUUGCCGAGGCGAAACGUGCUGGGAGUCCCCUCAUUCCGGGGACGACGAAAUUUCCUUUAUUCGUUAAACCUGCGUCGAGCUAUGGGAGUAUGUUCAUUGAUGAGCAUUCUUUGUGUCAGAAUGAAGAUGAGUUGGACCGCUGUAUUCAGAGAUUGAACAAGUUGAUGCGUUCUGUGCGCGUCUUGCGUGCGCAAGCGCUUGGAUACGCGGAUCCAGACCAAUAUGCUGAUGCUCGGGAGGCUGAAGGGAGGGAUAGUUUGGACCUUGUCGUGCAGGAAUUCAUCGACGGAGAGGAAUACUCUGUUGUGGUUAUUGCUAUGGGGGAGAGUCCAUUUCCUCUCAUUCCGCAACGUGCGAAAUACAAACAAGUUUCCGGCCAAGGCCGAUUCUUGACUUUGGAUUUGAAGUUUGAUGAGGCGUCUGGAUAUGAGCUGCUGGACGAGAAUGACGACCCGCGGCUCUGGAGGCACUUGCAAGCUACGGCCGUCGAGGCUUUCACGACGAACAAGAUGUAUACGAACUACAUGGGCUGUGAUGUUGAUAUGCGCAUUGGUCGGGAUGGGAGGGCUUAUGUCAUUGAAGUUGAUCCGCUUCCUGUUUUCUUUUAUCCUAUUGGAUCCCAGCUUGAGGAUACAGAUAUCCAGCGGGGGUUUCCUGGGAGUUAUCGGGCCGUUGUCAACACUUAUAUCACUAAUUACUUUCUGAAGCAUCCUGGCAAGCGUGGGGAUGAUUAUAUUGAAGUGGCAAACUUCUAUGACUCUCUGGCUCAAUCUCAUGCUGGCCGGGUUUCAGCAGCCGACGCUGCCAGUUGUAUUACAACGAGAUCUUAUCAAGGAACUGCACUUGAUCUUGCGUGUGGAACUGGAACUGUCGGCCACCAUCUGAAAUCGGAUCCGGAAAACCAAAUUACGGAAAUGGUGGGAGUCGAUAUAUCCAAGAGAUCGUUGGAUAUCUGCCACCAAAACAAUUUGUAUACCCAACUUGUUCAUGAAAGGAUGGAAGUAUACAUGGCGGAAAGGACACAAAGGGUAGACCAUAUAUUCUGUAUAUGGGCACUACAGCAUCUUUCCAUGGAGGAGCUUGACUUUGUACUCGCCCGAUGUUUCCAACUUGCCAAGCAGUCCAUCACUUUGGUGGUUGAUGCAAUUGGAGCGGCCUCUAGUAGCCCCCUUGAUUUGAUGUACGAAAGAUUCUCGACGGAUCAUUCCGAAAGCUUGAGAACUUUCGAAAUUCCGCAUGGAUGGUCUGUCUUGCCAAAUCAUUGUCGGGAUAGUCAAUAUUUGCGCUUCUGUUUCCAGCGAAAAGUGUAA